AUGAAUCGAAAGGAUGUGGUAAACGAAGUAUAUGACGAUUCGGAUUUGAUUGACGAAGAAGGGGAAUCUAGACUGGCAUGGAUUAAGAGAUGGUAUCAGCUAAUCACUUCGCCCUUGGAUUUGCAGCUGGUAAUAAAUGAACAAUUAGAAAUGAUCGACUGGGAUGUUCAUGCCAAAAGCCUUGCUAAGCCGCUGGGGAAUUUUUUGACUGUGUGUUUUUUUGUUAUGAGACUUUUGCAAGACAACCUAAUCAAGCCCAACUAUUACAAACUAAAUGUUAAGUCGGAUGCCUUUGAUCUCUCUAAAUCGAACAAGUUAAAAGAGUUUGAUUACUUGACGGAAAUAUCUUCUAAUUUCCAAAAUGAUAAUCAGUUCGAUGCCUUUCAAUCUUGGUAUUUUGUUACUUUAAGAUUUCUGGAUAAUCUCUUUAAGAUUUCGAUUUUCGCAUUACUGUCAUUAAACUUUUAUCUGACCUUUAAGUUCAUUUUUGGUUAUUUCAAGACUUACAAUUUGUUUCAUCUAAAAAAUGAACUUAGUUCUCCAAAUUUGACCAAACAUAGCUUGAGUGAUCUACGCAAAGAAUAUUACGAAGACAUCUAUAAGCAGUCACUGUGGUCUAUGUUGAAACACUUUUUUAGAGGUUCCCGUGAUGAUACACCAUAUAUUGAUCAGGAUGAAGAUGAAAUAUUUUAUCAAUUAAAGAAAUGGACUCCCACUAAAUUUAUAACCAAUUUUAUUGUGUCUUUUUCACCAACAGCUAUUGUUUUCCUAAGCUUUUCUGAAGUUUCGUUCACAACGGCAAUUUCCCUAAUCUUACAUCAAUACGUUCUAAAUUUCGUUAUAAUUAAGAGAUUUCAGGCAAGCCUGGAAGACGGUUUGAUUUUAUCGAGCGCAGCUUUACAGGAAUAUGAAGAUAAGCACAUCAUGACACGCGUAAACCGACAAGCCAGUUUAUGCACUCGAUCGAAUGGUGGAGGUACUGGCCGAUUUGGAUCGGGAUCUAAAGCACCAAAAGUUUUCACCACUCAUUCAUUAAAUGGUGAAGAGAUUAGAGAAGUAUAUAAUUACAAGAAAAAGGAGUUCGAAGUACUGCCAAGUGAGAGCGAAAAUAUAUCGGAGCCUUUCAAAACAAGUAGACAAUACUUUGAUGACGAACCUCAAAAUUUUGGAAGCUCUACAGAUCCUGGUGAAGUCCAGUUUUCACCACACCUUUCCCCAUAUUUCCGGGAGAAGAUUUCCAAGAAUAACCCUGUUCGAUUAUCUCCACACCAGUAUUUGCAGGAGGAUGAAACCUACUUGUCAAACCAAGACCAAAAUAGAUCAAAAUCAUUGAGCCCGUUGAGACAAACACCUUUAAGUGCAAGAAUGAAAAGUUUUGAAGAUUCGGAAUUCAGUGCAUUGAAUAAACAUGACAUCAAUGCCAUACUUCGUUCGCCCAAUAAAAUCAAGUACUAUCGUAAGAAAUAG